GCUAAUUAGUAUCUCUAAAUCAGCUCUAAUGUAUAUUCCGUGAUGGACAGGUAUUCCAUUCAGGGUGUGCACCUGCCCUGUGCUGCCUGGGAUAGACUCUAAUGCUCCUUUGUGACUCUGACCAGGAUAAGUAGGUAUUGGAUGGAAAUUAAGCCUUAAAGCUUUUUCUUUUACGUGUUUUAUGCAAGGAAGAAUGGAAAAGGACAUUCAGGGAGGAAAGAUUGUGGGAGCUGAUCUGAGAACAGGCUCUGGCACCGCCCCCCCACUCACACUCCUGCCCUCCCAGUACCAGGUUUCCCCGCCCACUCCUCCAGAGGACAGGCAAAAGGAGACUGGGAGGAAGGGAGAGGACAGGGGAGAAACUGUAGCACAAAGAGGGCUAAUAUUUCACUCCAGCUCUGAGAAGGAGACAGGCGAGGGGGGGGGGAGGGGAGAGAGAAAGGUGGGACUUCAACCUAUGGAUGUUUUUUUUUUUUUUCUUUUUGUGGACCGACUAUCCAACUGUGUAAACUCUGAACAAAAAUAACAGCCACAAGCCUGUCAGAGAGAGAGAAAGGAACAGAUGCACAGACAGUCACAAGUUUAUAUAUGCAGCGGGCAAUGAGGAAGCAGCAGUCUCUGCUGUGUGAAUGAAUCGCCAAGCAGGGCGAGCAUCUGACAGACGCACACGGACACACAGCCGGCACGCUGCACGUGCACGUGUGUGUGUGUGUGCGCACGCCUUCGCCUCAUGCAUGGACGACACUGGAUUAUGUGAGAACUGAUUCAGAAACUGUGGAUUGUAGGGUGCAGAUUGAGAACAGCCCAGAACCAGUAAACAGAAAUACGGCGGAGAGGAUUACAAACAUGGAAUGAGCCAUGCUCUGAGUGUGAGGCAUGGCGGCUCUCUCUUGGGAAUCCGAUUGGGACGGACCGAAUCGCUCCACUUGGGCGGACGGAAGCGGAAACCUCACUCCUCCCAUAUUUCCAGACUUCAACCUAAGCAGCACCUAUGGAGGCGGGUCCUUUUUCUGGAUUGUCCAAGAGAAUGCCACGGUUACCGCUGGACCCACAUCGCACGCCGCCCCGGCGCCCAGGGUGCGAGACAUGGCCCUGGCCCGGGCCGAGAUCACGGUCCUGGGGCUCAUCCUAGCUCUGACAGCCCUGGGAAACGGGUUUGUGCUGUGGGUGCUCCUGAGGAGGAGGAAACAUCACGCGCCCAUGCACCUCUUCAUGGUCAACCUCUGCGUGGCUGACCUGGUGGUGGCCUUAUUCCAGGUGCUGCCUCAGUUGCUUUGGGACAUAACGGAGCGGUUCCAAGGUCCCGAUGCUCUGUGCCGCUCUGUGAAGUACCUGCAAAUUGUGGGCAUGUUUGCAUCCUCCUACAUGAUUGUGGCCAUGACCGUUGAUCGGCACUACGCUAUCUGCUGCCCCCUGCAGGCCUACCGCGGUGGGGUAACGUCUCGUUGGAACACCCCCGUCAUGGUGGCUUGGGGGCUAGCACUGCUGUUCAGCGUGCCUCAGGUGUUCAUCUUUUCCAUGUCAGAAGUGUCUCCUGGAGUGUUUGAGUGUUGGGGACACUUUGCAGAGUCCUGGGGACUAAAGGCCUAUGUCACCUGGGUGACCGUGGCUGUCUUUGUCCUGCCUGCAUUCAUCAUCACCAUCUGUCAGGUGCGGAUAUUCCGAGAGAUCCAUGACAACAUCUACCUUAAGUCAGAGAGAACGAUGACCGUGGAGUAUAGGCGGAGCUCUGUCCUCUUCCAUGUCCGGAAGCUUCAGCAGGAUGGAAAGAACAAUAGGAGGGGCAGAGUGGGUCGAAGCGUGCGCUCAUUACAGAAGAACAACAAUUCCCUGUGCUCUUGUUGCAAUGUGGCAAUGGAGAGUCUCUCCAACCAACCCCUACCGCCACAGGAGCUUCCAAAUUCUUGUGACGAGACGUCUUCUUUCAACGACCUUCCUUGGAGGCCCUCGGAUCACUGCCCUACAAGCCAUGACCACAGCUCUCUUUGUCCCGUGUUUAUGACCUCUUGCACGGACGAUGAUCCCAGUACCCACCAGAACCACAUCUCACCUCCAGAUUCCACCCUACAUAACAGUUCCUCACAACCCACCAAUUCCCAUGAAAUCCAUACUGCAUCCAACACCCAAUCAAUUACAAACCCGUCCACACACUCGCCUCUCCCGCCAGCCCUGCCCCCCCCUGGAGUAUCGAAGGCCAUGUCCAAGACGGUCCGAAUGACACUGGUGAUCGUGCUGGUCUACACAGUCUGCUGGUCCCCAUUCUUCAUCGUGCAGUUGUGGGCCGCUUGGGACCCCAACCCGCCAGACCAAGGUGUGGCCUUCACCAUCCUGAUGCUGCUGGCCAGCCUCAACUCGUGCACCAACCCCUGGAUCUACACAGCCUUCUCCAGCAGUGUGUCCCGCGAGCUUCUGGCCCUCCUGCGCUGCCGCCCCCCCCGUGGAUCCCGGAAGACCUCACUGCCUGACGACUCGACCGCUACACACACGUCCACGACCGCCGCCAAGGACAGUGUGUACUGAGGCGCGUGAGGGGGGGGCUUGAACAAACAGCUUUCUGAUGUGCGAAGGUGCUAAAGAAGAAAUAAUAUAUAACCAGAGAAUAUAGCUCAUGGAGUGGGGGGGGGGGUUUCCUGCUAUUUUAGUAACAGCAGAGUUUUGACAAUACAUCCAUCUUCCCACCACUUAUCCUGGGCAGGGUCACAUGGAGGCCUGGAGCCAAUCCUAGGCAGCACAGAGUAGGAUGCCAGUCCAUUGCAGGACACAGGCAUAUAUAUACACAAACACUGCAGGCAAUUUAGAGAUACAAAUUAGCUGAGUCGCAUGUCUGUGGACUGCAGGAUGAAACCCGCAAGGAGAGCAUGCAACCCCCCCCCCCCACACACACACACACACACACAAAGACACAGAGCAAAGGUGGGCUUUGAACACCCAAUCCUGAAGGGGUGAGGUAAGAGUGCCACCCACUGAUCCAGCGUGACUCCAUGCAGACACAGAAUCUCUGCUAAAACAACACCUGAACAAGCUACUCAGAAUCACAUUGUCAAUGGACAUUGAAAGUUCUUAGAUCUUACCAACAUAUUUUAGAAUACGAACUCCAUGAUCACUUCAGACCAGUCUGAAGAAGCAUGUUCCAGCCUGUUCAGUCAGAGGACAAUUUUAAUUGACAACACAAAAUUUAAAAAAAAAAAAAGUUAAAAUGGUUUGUUGUUUAAAAGUUUUAGCUCAGUCUUGCCCAAAACUAUAAUGCAGAACACAAAGUGACAAACAAAACGGCAAAACAAUAAGACUUAAAUACACUCAAGUAAACAGGAGGUCCAUUAGGUCUAUCAGUAACUGACCAUACAAGAGUCAGGGAGCGUGAUCACUAAGGGUGCAUCCGAAAUUGCAUACUUACACAGCACAUACCAAAUUUCAUUAGAAGCCUACUACUUGACUCUUAAUAUAGUGCAUACUGUAAGCCUAUGUAUGUAUGACAACAGUAUGCAUGAACUCAGAUAUAGGGCAGUCACCAUCUUGCAUAUUACCUGACCCGGGUAUUUACCAAUAACCUGGCUUGAUCCUCAUGAAAGUUAAAAACUAAAUUUGUACAGUUAGCACUUCGUCCAUUAUCUUGACAAAAAUGUCUGAGCAGGCGAUGUUCUUUGCUGCCCCAGAGGCCUUGCGAGAUAGCAAAACAUCGGUUGCACAUUUCGAAGUCUUACAGAACGCAUUAUGUCAUCCGGAUCAAGACAUACUAAAUUUUGCCUACCUGCAUAGCGAACAAGUAUAUGCGAUUUCAGACGCGUUAAUGAUCUGUAACGGAUAAUUUCCUUGGAGGUAAAACCAAAACGCACAAAACACUAUCACGUUAUUCAAUAACAAAGAAGGCAGAUUUGUGGUCGAAUACCUUCAUGACAAAAAGCAGAAACGGGAUCCUGCUAGCUACAGUACACCACCAGAAAGUGACCGCUACCAAAGAUACGAUUUUAGGUCAACACAACAUCCAGGGGGAAUUUCAGAUUCAGAAACACUUAUUCAUAAAUUAAAGGCCCAUCUGUAAAUCCUCUGGAUAGUGUAGCAGUAAAACUCACUCCACCAGUGUUACAACAGCCAACAUAAUUUAUGUAUUUCUUUUUUAAACCACUUUAGGGGUUAAUUUGUCAAAGCGUGCAUUUUAUUCCAAGUUAACCUUGGUGGUAAAACUUGUAAGAAGAGUAUUAUAAUAACAUUACAAACGAAGGUAUGAUGUAAUUUUUUAAGUGCUGUAUAUCUACGCUACUGCAAAAGCAUAUAGUCACAGACUUAAUGCCAAUUCAUCCAACGAUAUAAUUUCUUAAAAGCCAGUCUGCUUGUCCUUCCAAGUAUUAUCCAGUCUUGGUUUUCAUAUUUUCCUCCAGCUGCUUCUUCUCCUUUCAAAUAUAGCCCUUUACCUGAUUCGUCAGUAAUCGCCUUUAAAUGGUCUGAAAGCCACGGAUCUGGUUUCACCGUUAUCCAGUACAAAAAAAAAAUACGUUUUAUUAUAUAACACAUUAAUCGACCAUCCUUGUUAUAGGAUAGUAGUUCUCACAAAUGUUGGCAUAAUUUGAUAACGAUUAUCAUUGAUGCUACAUUAAUGUUUGUCGGUUAAAUUUUAUAAAUAAAAUAAUAUUUACGUUCAAAUGUCUACAAAUAUAAAUCAUAUAUGUACAAUAUCAAAAAAUAUUGUAAUAAAUGUUUAUUUAAAACC